AUGUCCGACGUCGAACAAGUUGUGGCACAGCUUCGAGAUGCUUUCGCCCGUUUCGAGAGUGUCAUGAAUGAGACCAACACUAUGCCUGCGGAGGGAAGUUCCGGCUAUGGCCAUCAGUCCGAAUCUUGGCCGGGCGAAGACGUGGGGGUGCAGGCUGGAGACGAACCAGACUCGCCAGUGGUAGGCGAUAGCCGUGGCGUGCUUCUGGCUCCAGUCAGGCGAGGUCGUGAAGGGUAUGACUCUGAAGCCGUCAAGCCGGAGUUGAAGCGGAAGAAGCCACCAUACAGUCGCGACCGAAAUUGGUUUCCGAUUUUUCGAUUUUGCAAGUUUGCAAGUUUGUAA